GUAGGUGUGUGUGUGUAUGUGUGUGUCUCUCUCUCUAUUGCUCCUCCAAGACGCGAAAGGGGAGAAAAGAAAGAGAGACGAUGCGAUCGGGCAAAGUGCAGAAACACUUAUUAUAGUUCUUCUGCAUUCUGCAAAACACACACAUACAAAAAAGAUAGAGAAUUUAUUACUCGUGAGUGUGAUUGUGAUUGUGAGUGUAUCGAGAACAGAGACAUAGAUACAGAGAGAUCUUUUACCCAACGUUUUUUUUUGGGGAUCCAAUGCGUUCGUAAUUUGAAGAAAGAGGCAUUUCAUUCAAUUGUAAAUCGGGGAUAUGAAAGGCGGAGGCGGUGGAGGAGGAGGAGUUGGUGGUGGCGGUGGAGGAAAACGCCGGUGGAAAGUUCUGGUUAUUGGAGUUUUGGUACUUGUUAUUCUCUCUAUGCUUGUUCCUCUUGCUUUCUUGCUCGGUCUUCACAAUGGCUUUCACUCUCCUGGAUUUGUCACUGUUCAAUCGGCUUCUUCUUUUGAGAGCUUUACCAGAAUCAAUGCUACCAAACAUACUCAGAGAGAUGUAUCCGAACGGGUCGAUGAGGUUCUUCAAAAAAUCAAUCCAGUGCUUCCCAAGAAAAACGACAUAAACGUGGGUGCCAGGGAUAUGAAUGGGAGAAGCGGCAGUGUAUCUGAAAAAAGAGGAUUACCAGUGUCCCCAACUGUUGUUGCCAACCCAAGCCCUGCAAAUAAAACAAAAACUGAAGCCACAUAUAAAGGUGUUCAGAGGACAAUAGCGAGUGCUGAUGAAAGUUGGAGAACUUGUGAAAUGAAAUAUGGGAGCUACUGCCUCUGGAGGGAGGAAAAUAAGGAACCGAUGAAAGAUGCUAAGGUGAAGCAAAUGAAGGACCAGCUAUUUGUUGCUAGGGCAUACUAUCCAAGUAUUGCUAAAAUGCCUUCUCAAGACAAGUUGACUCGGGAUAUGAAACAGAAUAUUCAAGAGUUUGAGCGUAUUCUUAUUGUAAGUUCACAAGAUGCUGACCUUCCACCACAGGUUGAGAAAAAGUUGCAGAAGAUGGAAGCUGUAAUUGCAAAGGCAAAAUCUUUUCCAGUCGACUGUAACAAUGUUGACAAGAAAUUGAGACAGAUCCUUGAUUUGACCGAGGAUGAAGCUAGUUUCCACAUGAAACAGAGCGUGUUCCUCUACCAGCUUGCAGUACAUACAAUGCCUAAGAGUCUUCAUUGCUUGUCAAUGAGACUAACUGUGGAACAUUUCAAGUCAGCUUCACUUGAGGAUCCAAUUAGUGAGAAGUUUUCAGAUCCCUCAUUGCUUCACUUUGUUAUCAUCUCCGAUAAUAUACUUGCGUCGUCUGUUGUGAUCAAUUCAACGGUUUUAUACGCAAGGGGCAGUAAAAACUUGGUUUUCCAUGUACUGACAGACGAGCAGAAUUACUUUGCAAUGACACAAUGGUUUGUUAGGAAUCCCUGCAAACAAUCAACUAUUCAAGUAUUGAACAUUGAAAAACUCGAGCUGGAUGAUUCUGAUAUGAAAUUGUCUUUGCCUGCGGAGUUCCGUGUUUCCCAACAGAAUAGAACACACUACUUAUCCCUUUUCUCUCAAUCUCACUAUCUGCUUCCCAAAUUAUUUGACAAAUUGAAGAAGGUUGUGAUUCUGGAUGAUGACGUUGUAGUCCAGCGAGAUUUGUCUCCCCUUUGGGACCUUGAUAUGGAAGGGAAAGUGAAUGGCGCUGUGAAGUCGUGCACUGUGAGAUUGGUUUUCCAUGUACUGACAGACGAGCAAAAUUACUUUGCAAUGACACAAUGGUUUGUUAGGAAUCCCUGCAAACAAUCAACUAUUCAAGUAUUGAACAUUGAAAAACUCGAGCUGGAUGAUUCUGAUAUGAAAUUGUCUUUGCCUGCGGAGUUCCGUGUUUCCCAACAGAAUAGAACACACUACUUAUCCCUUUUCUCUCAAUCUCACUAUCUGCUUCCCAAAUUAUUUGACAAAUUGGAGAAGGUUGUGAUUCUGGAUGAUGACGUUGUAGUCCAGCGAGAUUUGUCUCCCCUUUGGGACCUUGAUAUGGAAGGGAAAGUGAAUGGCGCUGUGAAGUCGUGCACUGUGAGAUUGGGUCAGCUAAAAAGUCUCAAGAGAGGAAGUUUUGAUACCAAUGCUUGCCUCUGGAUGUCUGGUUUGAAUCUUGUUGAUCUUACUAGAUGGAGGGAAUUAGGUGUUUCAGAAACCUACCGGAAAUUUUACAAAGAGCAGAUGAGUGGUGGAGAUGAGUCGAGUGAAGCAAUAGCAUUGCAGGCAAGCUUGCUUACAUUUCAAGACCAAGUUUAUGCUCUUGACGACAAAUGGGCACUAUCAGGUCUUGGUUAUGACCACUACGUCAGUGCCCAAGCCAUAAAAAGCGCGGCCGUAUUGCACUAUAACGGGAACAUGAAGCCUUGGCUUGAGGUGGGAAUCCCAAAGUACAAAAACUAUUGGAGAAAGCAUCUGAAUCGGGAAGAUCGGUUCUUGAGUGACUGUAACGUGAAUCCUUGAUGAGUAAGUAGUUUACACACGGCCAAUGCUUUAGAAGCAAGGUCACACGCAAAGAAAAGAUUUUAGAGUGCAACAUCUCAUAUUUUUGGGUCAAUAAACCCGAAGGCAUUGCAGGAGAAAUGCUGAAGGGGGAAGAAGAGCAAGCAGAAGCAAAUACCAAAAUGAUUUUAAGUGACGUGAUGACGGUGAUUCGAAAAGCUUUGAUAUGAUUAAAAAAAAAAGAGAGAGCAUGUGAAGAACUUUGAUAUGUUGUAUAUGAUUUUUGGCUAAGAGAUGUGCCAUUCUUUUCCUCUGCGUUAUUUUCCAAUUUGUCAUUGUAGUUUCUGUUUUAUUCUUUACUUUUUGUGACGUACCAGAAUAGAAGGCGAUAAGAGUUUCUAUCUACUUCUCUCACUGAACCA